UUGCUAUUUUGAGCGUAUACUCGUAUACUCCACGUAUACGUUCGUUUUAAAUCCACAUUAUUGUCAUAUUUUCUUGGGCCAUCGAAGACGGUCGACCUGAAGUCCAUGGACGAAAAAAUUCAAACCGACACACACAAGUGGCGCACAUAUUAUACGGCGAAACAAAUUCUAUCCGCUGAGAGUGCCCGCGGACUGACGGUUUUGUAUAAAUUUGUGUUCGAUAAAAACAGACGAACGAAAUCUAUAAACGCGAAACAUAAUAUUUUAUCAUAUCACGACGGAGGUCGAACGCGCAGUAAUAUAACUUCGAAUAAAAGCGCCGACAAUUGAAAUUCGUAGUGCAUGGAUAGUUGACGGGCUUGAUGCAGAGAAACUCAUGGCUUGUGCGCGUUGUAUACACUCGUAAAUUGCACGAGUCGGCGGAAGAACGAACGUCGCUGUCUGCAAUACUGUGACAUUAUAUUUUUAGUAUCGAAACAAUCUCAACGCGAUGGCGAACGUCAAAAACGACCCAUUCGAAGUUCGAAAACAUGGACAAUACCGCACGUCAAUAAGAUAGCUAUUCGUACUUCGUACCCUCCACCAUCCGCGUUGCGCACCGUUAUCGUGCGUGUUCGCCGUCGCGAACCGGCUUUUUCGGACACCGCCGCACUUUAGUAUUUACAAUAUUUACAUCAUUAGUCAUUACGCAUUACCGUUUUCGCUGCUAUCGACGUCGGCGAGUGGUGCGACGUGACCGUCGUUCCGCAGUUUUUUUUUUUUUUUUGUCAGUGUCGCCAUUCGGUUUUGUUAGCCGUGCGGAUCGUAUUUAAAACGUAAGCGUAGUCGGUUUUACCGCCAAACGACGGCGUCCGGCAAAUGCAUUUUUUACUGUCCGCCACAAUCCACGUGGUCGGUGUCCAGCGUCGUUGCUGAACCUCUUGCGAUCGUUAUUGUCGUCGUCAUCCAGUCGAGUGCGCCGACUUUUCGAAACACGUGAAUAGAGUUAUGUCUAUAAUAUGUGGCGCUUUCAUGCCAAUGUCGAUGCCAUCAUCGAUACCACCGUCAGCGCCACCGUUGAUGCCAUAAUCGAUGCCACUGUCCAUACCGUCGUCUAUGGCACUAUAAAUACUACAGUCAAUUCCACCGUCGAUGGAACUGUCGAUGCCAUCGUAGGUGACGGAGCAAUCGUGGAUGGCGACGACCCGGCAAAGGAGAGAUGCGCGGAAUUUCAUUUGGCAGAGAUCCACAUACGUAUAGCAACAGAAUACAAGAAGAAGCCAUACAGAAACGCAGAGGGCGAUUUGCCACUGCAUGGCGACGUGCUUAUGCUGUUGCUGUGUGCAUUGAGAAGGCGUUCGCAGGAGCUACCCCUACUUCCCUUUGCCGAAGACAUAGGAUAGGACGACUGCGACUAGACAGAGCACGCACAGUGCCCGGCGGUAAGUCACUGGAGCGUGUUCUCUGAGGCCACUCACGGCGCGACGGGAUUUGGGGGCGACGCGUGUUUGGUCGCUGACGCGGUCGACCAUCGUAACGGUUCGGCGGACGUCCGACUGUUUUGGUGUUGCUGAGCGACGACGGACGAUAACGACAACUAGCUAGCGGUACCCGAUCGCCCCCGAUGACGGUGCUGACGACGACUCUCUAAGGCGGCGGCGGAGAUUUUGGCGCGGGGUAAGUGACAAUUUUCAUUUGAGCUUACAGGAACACGGACGUGAGAAUUCAACGUUUCACAGGGUUCGACGAAGGCGCGCGACUCCGGCUACUACGGGAUGCGAUGAUCCCGGUCGACUGCGGGACGCCAGGGACAAAACCCUCGGACUUUGGAGAGUAAAUCUGGUCGAUGACUCUAUUUCGUCCCGAGGCGAUCCGCGACCGGCCGUGUAACGUUUCCGAUAGCCGCCUAUUCCGCAGGCUUAGAUUCUCGUUUGUCCCAUGCCGUUUCCGUUUCCGCCGCCGUCAGACUAAAAGCCGUCAUUGUCUGCACGGCCAUCUGACGCGUGCAUGACAUCGCGUACUAUAGCCGUUCGCUCGUCAGUCGUCGCUCACGUCACCGAAGCUGUCCGGACCUCAUCUGCCGUCUCGUGGUCGUCGCGUUGCGCACCCGAGUAAAACGCGUCCGUGAAAUUCGUCUGCCCGUGGGACCGGUCGCGAGGACGUUGUGAAGGUGACCAAUGGCCUGUUUUCCACCUAUUGCACCCAUUCGCCAUCUCGUAUCUCCUCAACCUAGUUUAUUGUGUCGUCCUGCCGAUGUUCUUUUUUGUUUAUAUUACUUGUUUAUCUGUUUUUUCUCAUCUAACUUCUCACAUUGAU